GAGACAGUUAUGCUCUCUUGCCCUGAGGUGACACCCGAGUGAACUGGUUUUAGUGGAGGUUGUUUGGUUUCGUGCCUCUUUGUUUAGUGACAUCGCUGGACUCUGGAUCAUAUAUAGACAUGGGUGGAGUCAUUCAGGAUCACUCUUGCAUGGAUUAGAGCUGGUUUUUAUCUGUGUAGUAUCAGAUGUGACCAGUAGCAACCAGCAUGGGACGCUCAGAACCACUGUCUCUGACUUCAGCGCUUGAACCUGAGCUGCUCCUCUGAAGCCCAAAGAAACAAGGCAGAUGAAAAAAAGGGAGAAGAGGAGCUGAAAAACAGACAAAUAAGAACUGAACAAAGUUUCAGUGGAAAAGGGUGAGAUUGCUUGUUGCCCAGGGAAGGUUUGGUAAUGGGCAACUGCACCAAACCAUCUAUGAAAGACAAAAUGACGAAGGGGGUAAUGGAGGGGCCCCUCCGGGGUAAGGUGAGGGCAGCGGGCCAGCAGGGUCUGCAGCCAGAGGGACAGGAGGAUCAGGACACGGAGGAUAAGCCGUUCAACGAUCCCGUCGGUGCCUUGGUGAAGAACUGCAACAUGCUGCACAACAUCGUGGGUCCGGCCUGUAUCUUCCUUAAGCGGGGCUUUUCUCAGACACUCCUGACCCUCGCUCCUGCUCUCCACCAUGCCAGCUGUGUCAUCCCACCACAUCACCUCUCUCUGGUCCGGGUCAGACGAUCAAACCUCUUGGCACCACUCAUGCUGAAAGAGGUCGAUCAUUCAGUUCCAUGGAAAAUUAUUGACUGACUUUGUGGAGCUAUAUGCUAAAAUGUGUGGUGCUGUUGAGGACGAGGAUGAAUUUCCAACCACAUUAAGUUUCCCAAGGCCCCACAGAGGGCCCCUGAGGACUCUUGGGUGAAUAACAGUUAGUUGUAAUUUGACUGAUUACAGAUUUCCUUGGUAAUAGUAUAUACACCAAAAAAAGCACAAUAUAAACUAAAAUGAUAAGAUGCUUAAUUAUCCAGGAACAUUUUUACCCACUCUUGAAGCUGUGUAGAGAGGACUUGUGUCUAAAUCUCAUUUUAAUUACUUUAUUAUUUCAGUUGAUAUGUUUAUUAGGACUGGGUACUUUUACGACAUGGGAGCACAAGUUUGCUUCUGUGGCUCUGGGAAAAAGUAAAAAACCAUAUUCAUUCUUUGUCAAACUAGAAUGAAUUCCAUUAAUGUUGUUGUAAAGUCCCUUGUUAACAAAUUAGAGGACGUCUAUUUAUAAUUCAGUUUGGAUUUGAGUCGCUGUCUGUUUAGUUUUAUCAUGUGAUAAAAGGCUUUCAUCAGAGCAACCAAAGUAAAUAAAAUGAUCUCUGAGGAUUUGUCUCAUAUUAUUCCCUCUUUAAAGCUCUUACUUUAACUUUGUACUGAAUCCCAACUUCCACUGUAUGAGUGUGUUCUUUUGUAUGGACGGGCUUGAGUGUGAGCUUGAGUGCUAUGUGCAUCCAGUAUAUUGACAUACAGCAUAUGUGUGUGUCUCAACAGUGGGCACGUGUCCAAAGGUAUCUUUACCAACUAAACCUCCCAGAUAUCCUAAUCUCUCGAUGUUUGUUGCCAGGCAACCACCCACAACUAGUCUGGUUGCCACUUGUGAUUUGUGCAAUAUGAAUUGUCAUAUACUGUAUAUCAUAUUGUGGUAUACAAUUUAAUCCAUACAGAUUUAGACAGAUUUUCAUUUCGAGAUGCACCGGUCUGUCUGUCUACAGUAAUACAGCUUACCGAACAAAUAUAAAAACACGCAGCGCUGAAUCACCGUCACUUCUCCACAUUUGAAAAUGUGUAUAGUAUAAAACCCUGACCAUAAUACAUAAGGUCAGUUUUAAAACAAUGUAAAUGUACAACAUCUCAUGCACUCUCUAACUCAGUUCAACCAUAUAACAUCAAAGUCCAGACUUCAGGACUUUGGUUAAUAACUGAAAAUAUGUGUUUCAUGAUA